AUGAGAGGAUGGACGGAGUGGCACGAAGCUUGCCUCGAACUAAGGGUGUUGGUCAGAAGACCAAAGCUCCUUAGAUCAAGUCUCCCUAGCGUAGGAUCCAAGAUGGUUGAGAAGACUGCUGAUCUGAAUCUAACAGUCGUAGGAGUCAAUGUGGAGUCUGCGGCGCGAUUGGAGUUAAAUCGACAUCCAUGA